GCUUUCAUGUGUCCAUCCAAUGAGAGAAAGCUCGUGCGCGGAGGGUGGGAUUUUCACUGCUGUUUGUGUUCCUUUCCCAAGGAAUGUGAGGGACACACAAAGCCCGAAUGAUUCUCGGGUCUGUCCACUAACUUUAGAACCUAGUUCAGCCAUGGAUCAGUAGUUAUUUCGCGCUUCUUUUUCCAUUAACUGUAACUCUUCGGAUCCCAAACUGGCGACCUCACAUCUCCAACUGGCACGCGCAAAUGAUCUCAUAGACCAGAUCAAGCUCAAAGUGUUUCCUGUGUGGCGGGGGACUGGUGAGGGUCAUGGUUGGGGCUGGGCUCAGUGUGUGAGGUGGGAGGCUGGGGAAGGGGGCCCGUCCCGGGGCCUGGAGUGUCCGCUGUGGUGCGUCCUGUGUCGAGGAGGAAGGGAGAGACUUAAGCAGGCCUGUCAGAGAGGGAGGGGAGCACUGCGCCUGCCCGCAGACAUGCUGAGCGUCAGACUUCCGCAGCUCUUUGACAUCCACCAGGUGCCAAAGGUGUUUAGAGAGGACGGCAUCAUGUCUGGAUACCGCCAUCCCAAGAGCUCAGCCCUGGACUGCAUUCUCAGCAGUUUUCAAAUGACCAAUGAGACGGUCAAUAUCUGGACCCACUUCCUGCCAACCUGGUACUUCCUGUGGCGGUUUAGCAUGCUGUGCUCCACUCUGGACUUCCUGACGGAGAGCUACUCCUGGCCGCUGCUCGUCUACAUGCUUCUGAUCUGCCUGUACCCCUUCACCUCCAGUUGUGCUCACACCUUCAGCACCAUGUCGGCCGAGGCACGUCACAUCUGCUACUUCUUCGACUACGGAGCGCUCAGCCUGUACAGUCUCGGUUGCGGCAUCACAUACGGCUCUUACGUGAUGCCCGACUGCUGGGUAAACAGUUGGCUUCACCAGCAUUUCGUGACCAUCGCCAUCGGCAACUCGCUCUUUUGUACCAGCAUGUCCUGCUACUCCAGGUUUGUAGAGUUGCAGUUCCCACACAAAAGUAAAAUCUUGAGAACGGCCGCAUUUGUUGUCCCCUUCCUCUUUGAUAGUGUCCCACUGUUUUACCGACUGCUGUCGUGCUGUUGGGGGAGCUGCAGUCCCAGUGAAGCUCUGGCCAGCCACUCUUACCAUCUGUUCUUUGCGUUUCUCACAUGCUUCCUGUUUGCAUCUCACCUGCCCGAGAGACUGGCUCCUGGACGCUUCGACUACAUCGGUCACAGUCACCAGCUCUUUCACAUAUGUGCGGUCGUGGGCACCCAUUUCCAGUUGGAGGCAGUGUUGACAGACAUGACGUCUCGCAAAGAGUGGCUGAUGUCCCACUCCGCUUUACCUUCCUUUCUGGGUACCGUGGGGGCUCUCACAAUGGGUGUCCUGCUCAACCUGGGCAUCAUCGGCAUCUUUAGCGCCGGUUUACCGCGAACACCUCGCCAAAGCACUUCAGUCUCUAGUGGUGCCCACCCUCAUCAGGAGUAACAAGCUUUCUUGACCACUCCACACCUCACUGUGCACCUUUCCAGACGAUUUUACUCGAGAUUUCACUAGCGCACUUUCACUGAUAUAAAAGCCUCUAGCAUUGAUACUUUUGUACUAAAAAGCUAAAUGUUUAUGCUGUUUGAGAUCAUAUAUCCUAGUUUCCUUUUAUACUUAAGAUUUAUUAUGCCAGCCGAAAACCCUGAUGAUAAUCACGACCUUUCAGGUGUUAUUUAACCAUUGUGCCUUUGAUUUUAAUCUUUAGUUAUCGACAUGAAAGGUCGAGGGUUGAAUGACGCUAAUGUUGACUUUUACAGGUUAGAUUUUAACAUAGUUUAAGGGUUUUUAUAAACAAAAUAUGAUGUUUGCAUCAAACGAUUAAUCGCAUCCAAAAUAAAAGUUUGUGUUUGCAUGUGUGUGUACUGUGUAUAAUUUUAUAUAUAUAUAUAUAUAUAUAUACACACAUGUAAAUAUUUCUUAAAUAAAUACAUGUAUGUGUUUGUAUUUAUAUCAGUGUUGCCAAGUUUGUGAUUUUCCCGCGGAACUGGGCUAUUUUUACACUGUGCCGCGGGUUGUUUUUCAUGUCCGCGGGUUGAAGCGACCCCAAAUAACAUGAUAUUUAGCCCCUGGAAUGCAAAUUUUACAUGGGGAGCCCCACCAAAAACGCGGAUUUUACCCCCCCGGAACACGAUUUUUACUGUGGGGCCCCCGUGAAACGUGAUUGGGCUAGUUUUGAGUAGCAAUUUGUUGGGUUUUGUUGUGAAAACCUGGCAACCCUGAUUUAUAUAUACAUAAUACAUAUACACUGUACACACACAUAUAUUAGGCAAACACAAACUUUUAUUUUGGAUGCGAUUAAUCUCGAUUAAUCGUUUGACAGCACUAUUACAUAUUAAUGUUAUCAUAGCUUUAACUGGAAAAUGAUAAUAGCAUUAAUCAGGGAUUUUAUAUUUGCAUUAAUAUCAUCAUGAAUAACACCAUUAAUCCAAUUUUAUGAUGUGUGCAUAUCAAAAUAUACAAUGGUUGAAAAUUAUGGUGAAUAACUUAUCUAAAAUUACUGGUGUAUUGGUGAAAUUUUGCCCCUUUAAAUACUUAUAUUUGUAAUGUCCCUUAUUAUCAAUGGCAAAUUAUUUGGAUUUACUGGAACGCCUUUGAAUAAUCUCACAGGUACAGUAACAUGAAUUAAUUGAGGGGGAAAAGGGCUAUAUUUCUAGAAAAAAAAAUUCUGUUUUGUAUCUUGAAGGAUAAAUUGUACUGCUUAGCUCAUCUAAGCAUCAUUCUCCUACUAAACUGCAUCUCAUGGGAAUAUGGGGCUGCACUGGAGUCCUUCACUGUCGUUUAGAUGUUUCUAGACAUUUAGUGAACAGUUUUGAGGUAUAUGUCAUUCUCUGCAUCAGGUCACAUUUCUGUGGUAUUGUUUUGUUCAUUGCAGGUUUAUGGCAUACAAUACAGAGUGUUUUAUAUUGAAGCAUGAGGCUUUUGGUUUUAUAUUUAAUUGCAUUUUGUCAGUGCACUUGACGAUUUUGUAUUCCGGUGCAAUGUAGUGCGUAACUCAAAAUAGUUUCUUUGCUCAUGCGACACUAGUUACGUUUUGUUCUUAAACCAGAAAUCAAAGCUAAUUAUUGUGUUUGCCCAAGCUGUUAACCUCCAUCUCUCAUUUUGUCCUUCAGUAGAACACUGCACUUGUUUUGUCUGGCCGAACAGUGCAGGACAGGUACGUACAGCAGUAGGCUUGUAAUUUAGUGCAAUUAAUGCUGCAUAAAGGAAAAAUUUUAGCAGAACCUUUUCUAACAAGCUCUUAAGGUCUGACACAUGGUGGUAAUGAUAUUUUAAUGGCCGUUUAUGAAAGGGAUCUUGGGUUAAAAAGGAAAAGUAGGUGUUUCAGUGGUUAGUGGCGGAAAGGUUCUGCAUUUCUCCAAAUGCCUAUUUGUAGUUCGAUGGCAGACAUUCUCGCUCACUGUGUGGUUUAAGUAGGUGUCUGUUUUUCUGCUCAAAGAGGUUUAGAUGUGAAUGUGACUGGUGAAGUAGUAUUUUGUGCACUAGAGUUAAAUGAAAUGUAAAAGGUUUUGGCAUCCCAAUCCCUGUGUGUUUGUUGGCCCUAAUGAAUGUAUUGCAGUUUUGAAAACUGUUCUUAAAGACCCGUUUGAUGUUACAAUGUAGCAUUUAAAAUUGCCAAGGAAAUUAAAAUUAUAAAUAGUAAUUUAAUUUUUUUUAAAUGUUCCAGAAAUGUUUUUUUUUUUUUUUUUUACUAUAAUGCUUCCCUUUAAAUCCGAGAAUUAAAAUAUGCAAUCAUUAUUGCAAUGCCUUUUAUUUUCCAUUGACAUUUUUGAAAUAUUUUUGUAACAAAUGUGAAAAAUAUGAAAGUGCUUAGAAUUAAACUGACUCAUUUAUCACUA